GUUGUCAGCUGUCCCCUGCUGGUAUUUCUUCCUUUUAUAGUCAGUAGCAGCUGCUCUUGCUCUCACCCAGCCCUUCUGUGGGGGCUCCUGCCCAGGAUAAAAGGAGAGGGAGGUGGCCCAGUCUCCUAUCUCAUUUCCCAGGCACUGCGUCUCUUGAUUUCUUCCUUGGUGCCACCUCCACCAAAGACUCCAACAAGGCAACAUGCCUCCCAAGAAGCCCGAGCCUAAGAAGGAAGCAGCCAAGGCAGCCCCUGCCCCCGCCCCAGCCCCUGCCCCAGCUCCUGAGCCCCCCAAGGAACCUGCCUUUGACCCCAAGAGUAUCAAGAUAGACUUCACUGCCGACCAGAUCGAGGAGUUCAAAGAGGCCUUUUCACUGUUUGACCGGACGCCGACUGGAGAGAUGAAGAUCAGCUACGGGCAGUGUGGGGACGUGCUGCGGGCCCUGGGCCAGAACCCCACCAACGCUGAGGUGCUGCGCGUCCUGGGCAAGCCCAAGCCGGAAGAGAUGAAUACCAAGAUGCUGGACUUCGAGACGUUCCUGCCCAUCCUGCAGCACAUCUCCCGCAACAAGGAGCAGGGCACCUACGAGGACUUCGUGGAGGGGCUGCGUGUUUUUGACAAAGAGAGCAACGGCACAGUCAUGGGUGCUGAGCUUCGCCAUGUCCUUGCCACCCUGGGAGAGAAGAUGACUGAGGCAGAAGUGGAACAGCUGUUAGCUGGGCAAGAGGAUGCCAAUGGCUGCAUCAAUUACGAAGCCUUUGUCAAGCACAUCAUGUCUGGGUGAAACAGCCCCUCCAGGGUGCCUGGCCCUUGGACCUAGGCUGCCCAGGGUGAGUUAGUGAGAGGCCCUGAGCGACUGAGCUGGAGCGGGAGUUCAGGACUUAUCUCUGCCCCACAGCCCAAGGAUCUCAUGGGCCCGUAGCCCUCCCUGUAAAUAAACAGCUCCGGCAAGUCUGGGCCAUGUUCCCUGA